AUAAGUGUGUUGUUUUAUAUUUUCAAUCUCAUUUGCACUAAAAAAAAAAUGAUUUAAAAUUGCCUACAAAUCAAUAUUGAUGUGUCAAUUUUUUUUGACUUUAUACUCAUUUUCUAACUAUUUAUUAAAUGUUGUGUCGCGCAAACCAUGCACACCAUUGAAGGGUAGUUGUACCAACCAGCUUUAAAUUACGACCACAAGUUCCUUAUCCUUUUAUUCCUCUUUAUCUUUACUAAUUUACUUCACUCUCACCACUACCAAAUCGAGUGUUCCACCAAAGAAAUCUGAGCCCGAGUGAUAUCCUUCAAAUUCUUGCAAUGGCAGAAGCAGUCGCGUCAAUGGCUCUAGAAACCUUGCGCGAUUUGUUGUUGGAAGAAGCACGCUUUUUAUCCGGUGUUGACGGUGAAGUGAGGCAGCUCCGGAAACAGCUCGAACAGAUGACAUGUCUGCUCGAAGAUGCUGCCAGAAAACGACAUGAAAGCAAAAUCUUUGUCAAAUUGACGUCCGAGGUCAGAGAUCUUGUGUACGAAGCGGAAGCUGCCAUUGAAAGACACGCAGCUUAUCAAGUGUGUUCAAGGAGAAGACGAGGCCUCAGACAGCUCAUCCGCAGAUAUUCUUGUACUAUUUUGGAAGACGGCUACUCGCUCCACCAACUAGCCUCCGAGAUUUCACAAAUCAAAUCCGAUCUUGGAAGCGUCGCCGAUAAAUUAAUGCUAGCCUUUGGAAUCAACAUCAUCGAUCACGGGGAGAGCUCGGCUGCCAGCGAUAACAAGAAGAAAAUUACCUUCCCCGAAUUUGAGAUCGGAGACUGUUUUGUGGGGAUGGAGGAUGAGCUGAAGCAGCUUCGUGAUCUCCUAAAACAAGACAACGAGGAGAGAGUUAUAUCAGUUUGGGGAAUGGGGGGAUCAGGCAAGACCACCAUUGCCAAAAAGCUCUACAACGAGACCAAGUCCAGCUUUGAUCUUUCCGCAUGGGUUUGCAUUAGUCAGCAAUGCCAGAGUUUUCAAUCAGUUUGGAAUGAUGUUCUCAAGCAGCUAGAGCAUCAAAGCAGGAAAGGUGUAAGUGAUGAGGCACAACAAAUAAGGGAGGAUGUUACAAGUUUGAGCGAGUGGGAGUUGAAUGAGCGACUAUGCAAGAUACAAAGAGACAAGCGUUGCCUCAUUGUUGUGGACGAUCUUUGGAAAGUUGCUGAUUGGAAUGGGUUGAAGCAUCCUUUCCUCGUUGAUGAUUUGCAAAGCAAAAUCUUAAUCACCACGCGCAAAGAGGAAGUUGCAAAGAUUGGAUGCCCAGUAAAAGUUGGGCAUCUAAAAGAGGAAGAUGCUUUGGAACUACUCAAGAACAAAGCCUUUCCACAUACCAAUAUUCCAGAUUUUGCAUUUGAGAAAAUUGGGAAAGAAAUGGUGCAGAAAUGUGGGUAUUUGCCAUUGGCCAUUUCUUUACUCGGUGGGGUCUUGAGAAUGAAAAAUUCGAUGGAGUGGGAGUUAGUAAAUGAGGAUAUCAAAGAAGCCAUAUAUAGAGAUGAAAGUGAGAUUGAUGGAGUGCUAAAUUUAAGCUAUGAAAGUCUACCCUAUUAUUUGAAGCCUUGCUUUCUCUAUAUGGGUAUAUUUCAAGAGGAUGAAGAUAUAAAUGUUAACGAUCUGUAUCACAUUUGGAUAGCACAAGGCAUGAUUUCAUAUGAGUAUAUUGGAGACAAGGACAAAACUUUGAGGGAAAUAGCGGAGCUCUACUUGGGUGAGUUGGUCUCCAGGUCCAUAGUCCAAGUCGAAAUUUACGAUGGUGUCACACCUGGAAGCAAAUACAAUACAUGCAAACUUCAUGAUGUAGUAAGAGAACUAUGUUUGAAAUUGGGGGAAAGGGAGGAUUUCGGUGUGCAGAUUUUGGAGUAUCAAAGUGGGAACUUAAGUACCUUACUACAGCAAGCUUCCUCGAAUAAAAUACGACAUUUGGCUAUCCAUUUCAGAACAAGAGAAGUCAAACUGGAACCAGUCGAGCUUGGAGAAGAUAGCAGCAAACAUUUAAGGUCACUUCAAAUGUUCAAUCACAGUUAUUCUGAUGAGUAUCCUUGGCAACGUGUAGUUAAUUUUCAGAAAUUCAAAUUGCUGAGAGAUCUUGUUAUGGUGGGAUUCGAAUUUGCUAGAAGGAAGUUACCGAAAGAAAUCACUAAUCUUGUUCACCUUAGACGUUUGUCUUUAAAAAGAUGUGAAUUUGAUAAGAUACCGUUGUCCAUAAGGAAUUUGGUAUACAUUGAUACACUUGAUUUAGCUGCUUCGUGGAAUGUUGAAGUUCCAAAUGUUUUUAAGGAGUUGGUACAUUUAAAGCACUUGAUUCUUCCCUAUUAUGGGAAGGAAAAUAUUGGAAGUCAUAUAUUAACAUUGGACGAGGGAGUGGUUGAGUUGGAGAGUCUGAUGGCAUUGGAUAGUAGAGUGCAUGAAUUAAAAUGUGUGAACAAAAUGAAGAAUCUGCGACGUUUUGAUGCACGCAUAUUCGACAAUGAAAGAUUGUCAGCCAUGAUCGACGGCAUUGCUAUCAUGGACAAGUUAUCCUUUUGUAGGGUUAGAAUAGAAGAGGGUUGUGAGUUAGGAAGAAACGAGGGAGUGUUGAAAAAGGCAUUCACAUGUCCCAAUCUUCAUAAUUUGGUGAUUCAAGUUAAGUUGGGGAAGGCGCUGCCAGAGUGCUGCAAGCGUGACUUCAUGAGCUCUAAACUUACGAGUUUGUGGCUGUCAAAAUGUGAGAUUGAGGAUGAUCCAAUGGGGAUACUGGGGAACCUUCCUUGCUUGACAUAUUUGUAUUUAUGCUGGAAAUCAUUUGUGGGGGAGGAGAUGACGUGUCCAUCAAACAGUUUUCGUUGUCUCAAGAGGCUUGGGCUAUCUGAAUUACCAAAGUUGAGGGAGUGGAGAGUGGAGGCAGGAGCCAUGCCCCUUCUCUCUGAAUUGGAGAUCUAUGAUUGUUCCAGUCUGAAGAUGCUUCCACAUGGUUUGAGUGGCAUUUCUACUCUUCGGAAACUGGAGAUUACUGGAAUGGCAGAAAUGGGGAAGAGGGUAUCGGCAUCAGGAGAGGAUUUCCACAAAGUCAGCCAUGUCACUUCAAUUAUCAUCCAAGACUAGUCUAGUCUCCACCCACCCAGAAAAGGUUGAGCAUUGGUUUUCUGGAAGGUAUGUUCUUCGGUAAGGUUUUAAUGAAGCUCAGCUCAUUGUAAGGUUGACAUCGCCUUAUUUAUUUUUUAAUUUUACUUUUUAUUUAUUUGUUUAUUUAUUCAUUUUUUGUGUGUUGCAGGUCAAAUUUCUUCCCCGUUCGAGUUGCAGUGUCGUUGCUGCAUUUCUCAAGUCUUCCUCUUUGUACUCUUUUCUCUUCAAAAAAAUGUUUUUCUUAGUUAUGUAAUUGUGUGUGAGGAAAUGUUUAGAAUCCAGGUGAUUUAAAGUUGUGUUGGUUAAUAAGAGAUAUACUGUAUUCAAAGUGGUGUUAUGUUUGAAUUGAAUUGAUGGUUUGUAAUGCCUAGCUAAUCAAGUUGUUGCUAUUCUACGUUA